CUGCAGCCUCUAAGAAAAGCAGCCGCAUCAGUUUUCAGAGCAGGGCUCCCUCCUCCUCCUCCCAUCGUUCCCCUCUCUCUCCCCCUCUCUCUCCCUUACUCUAUCACUGUAUUACCGCCAGUGUGUGUCUCUCAGUGUGGGAAUGUAGCAUAUAGACUUGAUGGCUGCACUUCUUUUUCCUUUCCAGCACUAAUGCACUGAAGGACCUUGCACUGACAGUUGGACACGCGUUGUGGUUAGAAGGGGGGCGUUUAAGGGCACAGAUAGGAGGGGGAAAAACAGGAUCAAACGGAUUUAACCCUGCUGAUUCCCGCGCAUCUUUGUGCUGUCCGCUGCUCGGGCUGCUUUCUCUCGGGGUGGGAGAUUACGGCUGACUGUGUCUGUGUGUGUGCGCAUGUGUGUAUGCUGGAGCGCCGCUGGAAAGAGAGAGAGAGAGGAAGCGAAAAGAGACCGCAGCUACGGCUGUGUCUAGGGAAAGCAAGGGGCAAGCUGCAAGCUGCUGCUGCUACCUGAGCUGCUUUUGCCCACUGCACAUACACACAGACACGCACACACACACACUCGCGCAGAGGCAGGGGCUGCGCCAGCCACCACGGUUACUGCGUUAGUGCAGUUGCGAGAGGAGAGGAGCUGCAGCAGGGAGUGUUCUCUGCGCACACAUGGAUUUUACGGCACGAUUCUUCUACCGGCUCCGACUGCCAGCCUUGUGUUUCAUGGAUUGUUAUUUUUUUCCAUUCCCGGCGUUUUCUUCUUCUUGGAGCAUCUUGGGAAUUAUCUUCAUCUCUCCGGACGCUGAACUAGAUAGAGGCACGUCCCUUGAUUUCCCCCACCCUCUCCUCCACUUCCCUUCCUUUCCUUUACUUACCUCUGCUGUCUGAGUGUGGGUUUGUGCAAGAGUGCGUGUUUGUGCACAUGAUUAUUCUUAUCUUGUGCUUGCUAUUGCAUUGUAUUGUGAUUAUUGCAUAGGGUCUGUAUUAAUCAGUUCACAUAUGGGCUAAUGCUGAGUGUUAUAAUGGUUUUUCAGAGUUUGCAUGUUUCUUCGUGGUUGUGAACGACUGUGCGUAUGUGUGUGUGUGAGCAAGUGUAUGUGUGUGCGUGAAUGUUAAUGAGAUGCCCAGCCCUGCUUCCCUCCCCGGCCCCCUCCCCUGCCCGCUCUGCCGCCGCUGCUGCUCCUUAGCCGGGCCCUGAACUCCGAUAGCAUGAGCGAGAGAACGGCACUAGGGGCCACCAUGGAGACCAUGACCCUGGAGGAGCCUGGGGGUGAACAAGCCUCUCCCCGGGUCCCGGGGCCCCUCCGCUGUGGCCCCUGUGCAGUGUGGCCCCGCCAGCAACAGACGUGGCUGUGUGUGGUGCCCUUGCUGAUGGGCUUUGUGGGCCUGGGUCUCAGCCUGAUGCUACUCAAGUGGAUUGUGGUGGGCUCAGUCCAGGACUACGUCCCCACCGACCUGGUGGACGCCAAAGGCAUUGGGCAGGACCCCAUCUUCCUCUCAAAACCCAGCGCCUUGCCAAAGGGCCCAGAUGUCCCCUCGGCAUCCACAGCAGCUCCAGCCAAUACAAUGGGCCCUGGCUCUGCUGCAGAUGGGACCGGUGCAGUGCAGAGGACUCAAGCUGGACCUCCUUCUAACCACUCAAUCGUCGUCAGCAGCAGCAGCAGCAGCAGCAGUGGAGGGAGGGCAGCCGGGGCAGUUGGAGGAGGAUCAGGGAACAGAGUCCCUCACCUCCAUAACAGGGUAGGCACAAGAGCCAAUGGCACUGCCUCCACUCGCCCUGCAGCACCUGGAGGCAAGGAAGUGACCCCACGCAGCACAACGGUCAGAAAGCCUGGCGGCGCAGCCGGAGGCCGAAAUGCUCAGCCGUCCUCCAGAGCAGGCCCACCAAGCCCGACCUCAGUCAACACAACUACAGCUACUUCUGCCACUAGUACUACUGCAAAAAGCACAACUUCUACUCGAAUGGCCCUACCCACCACCUCUACCCCUACCGCUCCAGCCAGGCCCACUCAGCGCUUGAACCAUGGACGCUCUUCUAAGGGCCCAUCCACCAAGCCCACACGUCCUCACCACCGCUUCAGAACCCUUGCACCUACAACCCCGACGGUCCGUUCCGAGUUCUUCAAGCCCUGCCAAGACAGCCAAGAGCUCGCCUUCUGUCUGAACGAGGGAGAGUGCUUCAUUAUCGAGACAGUGGCAGGAGUGCAUAGACACUGCAGGUGUAAAGAGGGUUACCGCGGGCUUCGCUGUGACCAGUUUGUGCCGAAGACGGACUCCAUCCUAUCUGAUCCAACAGCAGACGAGCUGGGUAUCGAGUUUAUGGAGAGUGGAGAGACGUACCAGAGGCAGAUCCUGUCAAUCUUCACCAUCGCCAUGGGAAUCAGCUUGCUGGGAGUGGCCUGCAUGGCUCUUUACUGCAGAAACAAGAGACAAAGGGAAAAACACAGAGUCCACCUGACAGAGAUGCGCAAUCUGAGGGACUGCAGUGUCAAUGCCUUGCGGCUCAUGUCCAAAUCCAGCUCCGGUGCUGAAUGUGGCCUCCAGCCUCAAAAGUGCUGUAAAGCCCACGGGUCCUCCCCUGCACCCGGCAGAGGUACAGUGCACAGCAGCUCCAAACCCAGCAGCAGCAGCCUGUCUACAGGGAAACGCCGCAGCUGUUCCUUCUCCACUAGUCCUGCUAUAAAACAGAAGAUACCCAGUCACAGAUCUGCUGCACGAUGGACUCCGCCCAUCUCCAGAGCAGGACAUCAUCUGAUUGGAGGAUCAAAGGAUUCUAUUCACAGCUACAAACACCUCCAAGAGGUGGAGGCCACAGACAUGACAUCAGAAUCCUUGAGAAGGUGCCAGUCCCACACUGAUGGCAAUCAGCAGCACAGCCACUUGUAUUUGAAUAUGCAAACUGUGUCCUCUGUGCCUACCAGAGGAAGACUGGCCUGCACUGACGUUCCCUGCACUCGACUGGAUCAGGGAACGGCUUUUCCUCGCCCUUCUCACCGCACCUGCUCUGUUCCCAUCAUCCCCUCUGUCCAGGCGUCUAAUGUGGGGGACAGGUCCGGCGACGAAGGCGGUGCCACGCUGCUUUACAGAAGUGGAGUUUCGGCCAGCUACACGCUAAUCAAUCCCGAGACUGAGGCGGAGUCACUGGCCAAUUCCAGCCAAUCACUGGCCACCCCCUCCACCGGGUCGCACGGACUGACAUGCUCAGAGUCCGUGCUGGCGGUGGGCCCAACUAAACACAAAAGCCUUGUCACUUACACAACAGCCUUGGGAGCAGGUACAGACUCCAGUAGAGCAAAGACUGUCAUCUCCAUGACCGUAUUAGCGUCGUCCAGCCUGUCCAAAUCCACUGGAAAACUGGAACGCCGGCCCACGCGGUCAGCUCGCAGAGGGAGUCUAAGGGAAGAUUCCGCUGUUGGUUUACAAACAUCAUUUUCCAAGGGAGAGAAAGACUUCUAUCUGUCCAGUGAGCUUAGAGGUGUGCCCUGUCUCACACCUCCUAAAAGCUGAUUGGAUAAAUCAAUAGAUCUUAUGAAUUGCAUACACAAAUGUUUAUUGGGGGAGAGACAGGGUGGGACACGGCCUCCCCAAAUCUCCACACCCUGGUGUUGACCAAUCACAGGACUCUCUGAACUACAUACACGGAUUACAGAGAGAACCCUGCUAAAGUGACAGAAUUUCAAACCACUGGAUAACUAAGAACACAAUGUGAAUAAAUUAUGAAGAGGUUAAAGACUAUCGUUGGGAUGUUGAUUUAAAGAGGUAUGAAAGAAGAUAAAAGAUUUAUAUGCCACUAUUUAACAAAAAAAAGCUUCUACUUAGAAACCAAAUAGUGUCAUCUCUAUGUUGUUUCUCUAUUGUAAAAAAAUAAAAAAAAUAAAAUAUAAUAGAUGUCAUAACUACGUGUAUGUCAUAUAUAUGUCAUUAUAUAAAUAUAUAUAUGACAUACAAAGAGAUUUAAAAAAAUAAAGACGCAGAAUAUGGUAAAGAAGAAGCUUUUCAUUUUAAACAGCUCUGCCAUCCUAUGAUAACCCAGUCCAACUCUGUCUUUUGUCUGUUAUGCUUGAGGACGUGAGGAGAGUUUGGUGGUUCAUGAAUAAAAUCUGUAUGUCACCUUGUCAUUU